AUAAUUUGAACUGUACAUUUACUACAGUUAUUGAUGUCUUAUUUCUCUAAUCGCGUUUGUAUUGAUAUGUCUACCUUCUUUAUAAUGGUAUGCUCCAUUUUAGCGCGCAAAACUUUGUAUGGCAACAUGGCGUCCAAACUGGAUCAGUGAAGUUUUACCGGUCUAAAAAGGGAAGAAAAUGUGCCUGUUUUAGUGCAUUUGACUGAGCUGGUUGCCACAGACGGAACUUCAAAGUUCAUAGCACCAUGGCAGUAAACUGCCGCCAACGGUACGUCUUCCAACUGUCCGGGUUCUCUGGGAAGGAGAGGGAUGAUCUCACAUCCAAGAUACAGAAACUCAAGGGAGUCUGUCUUCAGGAACAGCCCUACAAGCCCAGCUGUACCCAUAUCAUCUCCAGUAAGCCCUGCAGGAGUGAGAAGUACCUGGCUGCUUGUGCUGCAGGAAAGUGGAUUGUGACGAGGAAGUUCUUAGACGACAGUUCUGCAGCGGGGCGGUGGUUAGACGAGAGUCCUUACGAGUACGGGCACAAGGCCACUCUCCACAAGGCCUACCCUGUAACGUUACUACAGGCACCUCGGCGCUGGAGACAGAGGGUUGCCCAGGAAACGGUGGGGGCAUUUGCCGGAUGGCGCUCCAUCGUAGUGGUGGACGACCAGAAACGUAGAGCUGCGUAUAAAAGGCUGUUGGAGGCAGGAGGAGCCACUGUACUGAAGGCCAAGACAGUUGCCCACAGCCAGGCUGUGUACGCCCCACAACUCACUCACGUCUUCUUGGAGAAGAAGUACGAUUCAGCCUUCCGCAUCUUGAGACGUCGUGGGGUUCUGUGCCUGUCUCCAGAUUACAUCGCCGAGUUUCUUCUACGGAACCCUCCCGCGGAGCCUGCUAAGUUUGACGUUGCUGUGUACGUUGCCUCGUCAUCACCGAGUCCACAAGUGUCAGCUUCAGUUGUGGGCAGCCAGAUCCCCAGUGUCGCUACAGGAGACAAAAGCAGCAGUCAGGUGACCAGGGAAGCAAGCAGUGGAAAGGUGACUUCCAGGGAUACAGAGAUCAGCAGAGAACUGAAGUCUGUGUCACCAAAUCGGAAACAAGCUAGCCCGACUAAAACCAAUAACAGAAGUUCAGCAUCCAAACCCACUACUCCCAAGAAGAGCUCCCCCAUUGUUGAGAUAAUGGGAAAAGUCUCCCUCACCCCAAAGAAAGUAAGAAUGGAGUCUUCUACUCCAGAGGUGAAGAAACGGUCUAUCUCUACUCUGGAGAAAGAGAAGAAAGUGUCUUUUUCUACCCCUGUGAAGAAGACAAAAAGGCCCUUUUCUACCCCAGAGAAGAAGACAAGGUCUUUUUCAACGUCUGAGAAAAGGAAAGAAGGAUCUUUUCCCUUGCCAGAAAAAGUAACAAAGGAGUCUAUCCCUACAAAAAUGAAGACGCGGUCAUUCCCUUCUCCAGUGAAAGUAAAGAAAGAGUCUGUGCCCUCUCCGGUGACAAGGGGGUUUUUCCCCACCCAGGGAAAGGUUGCCCACCCCACCCAAGGGAAAGUACAGAUAAUACCUUCAUCCAUCCAGCUGCAGUUAGAGGGCAUGAAGAAACGCCCCCUGCUGACUGACAGUGGGAAGGACAGGGACAUGUUGCAACUCAUGGCUUCUAAGAGAAGAAAGCUGGAUGUACCAGGAGCUUGUUUUCAGCCCUGUUUUCCUGUCAACAACAGUAAGAGUAGAGUAACAAAGGUGUCCCAGCGCAGCCCCCUCCCCCUGGCCCCAGCGGUGUGUACAUCAGUAGAGGUAGCUCUAGACGACCACGCCUACCCAACGGCCCUGAGCCUGCUACAGUCCAGCCUGUCUACAAUACGCUAUCCUCCUACUCACCUCCUGCACAGGGUCAUGGCUGAGGCACUACUGCACGCUGAAGAUAGUCUGGGAGCAGCCCAGGCCUACCAGGUGCUGAAGCAGGUCCAAACCUUACAUCCCCCCUCCCGCACACCUGUCAACAGCUACAUGUACCUGAAGGCACUGAGAACACCUGUACAGGAACAGGUGGAGAAAGGGAAGGGGAGAAAGGGAAGGAAACAACAGCAGCCAGAGAAACAGAAGGAAGGAGUGGAAUGGGACUUUGUCAAGAUGGUUAUAAGAGGUGCCAUAGGUGUAACAGACACCCAGACAACAGAAGAGCCCAGUGGAGGUCCCCUGUAUCAGUCUAACUGUGCUCUACUGCUGAAGUUCCUGGUGUCUAUACUGGAACAGGACUUCAUGGCAUGGAUGGACAGAGACACCCAGAAGGCAGGCACCCCGUCCUGUGUGCUGGCCUCCCUGCUGUGGCCAUCAGGACACUGUGGGGUCAUGACCUCACAUGUCAUUGACCUGGUCUCACUGCUGUUCCACAGUCUACAGACACAGGGGAACCAACAGGUUGGAAUUGUGUGCCUUGUGCAGAGCAUUGUUGCCAUGGCAGCAGAGUGUUGCCAGGCAGCAGAUAGACAGAGUGACAGGAUGACAUCACUGACCGGUAGCUUCAGGAUGGGCACCAGUGUGUGUAACCUGGCACAGGAGUUAGUAGUGGCUUAUCAGAAAGACCCAGCCAACCAAACCAAGACUGUCUUGCAUCGCUUGCUGGAGACCCUUCAACCCCCUUGGCUCAAACUGAAGGUGGCACAGUCCUUACUAGGUUGCUAUGAUGACAGCCUGGUUGCUAAGGAGCAACAUGGCUUCCACAAGAAGCCUCUAUCCCUGAGAAGAGUGUUGCUGUGUUACAUGUACCUGGUUCCCAAAUCACUGGUCAGCAAACAGACAGCUCCAGCAAGCAAGGGUAAGGAGAAGGUGCCCCAAGAGAACCCAGCCUCUCCAGCCAAGGUCAAGGUGGAACAGGGCAGACUUCUGAGGAGAGGCUCAAGCAGGGGAGAACCUCUCAGGACCCUUGUAGAUGCUAAUCAUGUGAAGCAGCUCCCAGUGGUUGCUGGGAAAAGGAAAGGAAGCUCCACCCCUGAGGCCUCGCCAAAAAAGAAGCCAAAACUGCAGGUGAACAGGAGGAAUGUGAGAGGCGAAACACAGUUACAUGUGGCUUGUAUCAAGAACAAUGUGAGCAGAGUUCGUGACCUGUUGUCAGUGCCAGGGAUUGACGUCAAUGCGGAGGACUAUGCCGGCUGGACACCUCUGCACGAGGCAUGUAACCAUGGGCACGUGGAGGUGGUGAGGGAACUACUGGCCUUCAAACCUCAACCCAGCGUGGCCAGCUUCUUCACAGUUAAGAACAAGGAUUCACCAGUGAAGAUGUCGUCUGCCCUGGACUUGUUAGCAGCGCCCCCUGACGGGACGACAGCGCUGCAUGACGCUGUGGCGAACGGACACGUUGCAGUGGUCACAAUGCUUCUGGAGGCAGGAGGUAAGAUCCUUCUGACCAGAAGAAAUGCGACCGGCCAGACUCCCUUUGACCUGGCUGUUAGUGAGGAGAUGAAGGCAGCCCUCCAGACCCCUGCAAACCCAAGGAGGAAACCCCAGGUACCAACAAACAAAAUCCUGAAGUAUGCAACAACUCCUGCAGCUCCAAAGGAUGCUCCUAUUGUACCAAACAGGAAAGAACUCGGUCAGUACAUUUGUCAGGCAGACUACGACAGGGUGUUGGGACGUGGAACAAAACAGGAGACGACCAACGAAGACUGUGAGAAGUUUGCAACUAUCGUUUCUCAUUUCACCCGAGCGUACGUCCGUGUUGAACAGCUCCAGCCAAUGAAGAAGCAACGCGAGAGACAGUUGGAAUGUGGCUCCAACAGUAGCGGCUCUUCUGUCUGUUCCUACUCCAACGGUAGGUUCACUGGAGCCAACACGUCCCCUAUAUCCCCUAUAUCCCCUGUUGUAGUGUUAAAAGACAUAAUGCAGAAGGCAAAGUCAACAGAAGUAAAAGAAGUAGAGAAAGACCUCACGUCUUACAUGGACAUAGACAAGUACUUGCAGGGAUAUGAGAGGCACUUGAAGAUGCUAACGGGACAGAAGGAGACAACAGACUUCUGUAGGAGAAGGUUGAUGGAGAUUCGCUCAUGUUCAUGAGGUGUAUUCUGUCAGAUGUUGCUUGGAUUGUACUGGACAGUACAGUGCGUGAAAGAUGUUGUGCAAGAGCAGUGGUACUUUCAGAAGAUUCUUAAGUCAUUGCACAAUUCUUGACUGAGAGUAUUUUGCAAUAAAGUGCUGUACCGGUAACUGUUACUUUCUGAAAUAUCAGAAGCACUUGAGACUUUAUGUUAACAGGCAUAAACUUACUCAUAAACAUACCUCCUUGCUAGAACUAUUACCAGUAAAGGUUUUUAAAAGAUAUUCUUAAAUAGUGCCUUUUGUAGCAUACAAGACAACAUUGAUGCAAGUAGAAUAGAACAUGUAGAUACUAUUUAUAAGCAUAAUAAGUUACAUAAUUAUGGCCAAUGUAGCGUGAAAAAGCCAACCAGCAAUGUUUUAUAUUCUAUAACCUUUUCCUUGCCAUGGUUGUCUUCUACUGACAGCUUUGUAUUGCUGACUAAUCCAGGUUCAGUUUGUUCAGUUAGCAAGAAGAGAACAGCGAUCCUUUGUACUACAUAUUAGUAUUUCAAUGUUAGACCAUUAGUAUAUUUUAUCUGUUAACUGGCCUCGUAAUAGAUGGCCUGAUUUAGUUUCAUUUCAACAUGGUGGCAGAGGCAACUGUCACAUUUUAAGUUUUUAGACAUACUCAUUGAAAUUGAUAAUGAUAACAUGUCUUGUUGUCAUUAUCAUUAUUGGUAUUUUGAAAAAUAAAAUGCUUAUGUACUGUAGCAGUUUUGUUAUUUUCAAUGGUGAACUGCUGUCAUGUUAUGCUGUUGGUUAGUUUUAGUGCCGUCUUAUUUUUAACUUGCCGUCUAACCUACUUCUCUGGGGGGUGUAGUAUUAUAUUCCAAGUUUUAAGCAUUGUACUAAUAUAUUACAACCAACACAGAUGAGCUUCCAUGAUAAUAAGUUAAUCUUUUUCAAUGAAUCUGACAUACAGACAAUAUCCCUUCCAGUGUGAACCUCAGUAUGAGCCAAACACUGGCCCUUAUUUUUGUGUGCUAUUUAAAUCACCACUAUAUUUUGAAGUUCCUGCCUCCAUGUCACAUAGUGCCCAACCCAACCCAACUCAACUAUCUAUGGGUACUUAACAUCGAGCUGCAGAGCUGAAAUUUGAAACCAGCAGUCUGGCCAUAACUCUGUUAUAGGGAUUAGAUUGCUUUAUGGCCCAGUGUAAUCAAUGUCUGCUCAAACAUGGAGUUCAAUAAAUCACCAUCAAAUUCUGUGC